AUUAUACGCCUUGGACUUGAUAUCAGUGUUUUAUUGCAAACAUUACAGUGGCGACGAGGAUAGUCGAAAUACUCGCGUGUGCGGUAUUUUGUGCGGUGCUCGAGCGGUUAGAGUGUUGCGCGGUGUAAACAAGUGCGAUAAUGUCUGUGGGUCUGAUAGGCGCUUUCGACGUGCGGAGUGGCGCGUGGGCGUCGUACGUUGACCGGCUCGAGAUGUAUUUCUUAGCCAACGGCAUCAAGGCGGAGAUACAACUGCCGACGUUGAUCGCGGUAAUGGGCGAGGAAGCUUAUGAACUCUUGGUGAAUUUAUCCAGCCCCAGGAAGCCGUCCGAGCUCAAGUUCAAGGAAGCAGUGGAAUUACUGCAACAGCAUUUAGAACCGACACCUUCAGUGCUCGCGGAGAGAUACAAAUUCAGACAACGUAGACAGGCUGGCGAGGAGAAUGUGUCAGAAUACGUGGCGGAACUAAAGAAAUUGUCACGGUAUUGUGUUUUCGGGACAAAUCUUAACGAGAACCUACGUGAUCAAUUCGUAUGUGGGUUAAGAAGUGACGUCAUACGGCAGCGCCUGUUCGCGGAGGACGACACUUUGACCUAUACGAGGGCAGUUAAAAUAGCGAGUACAUUGGAAGCGGCCGAGCGUGAUGCAGCGGCGGUCGAGAAACCUCUGGACGGUGGUAGCCAGGUGACGCAGGCAGUGCAUGCAUGCGUUCCUCUUAAGGAAAUAAGAGGGAAGGGGGCGCGGAGCGGCGCGCCCGGUCCACGUGGCGGAGCGGCGAGCGGACACAGCGGGUCAGCCGGUGCGGUGAACUGGCGAGGAGGAUCAGCCGGAGGCAAUGGAAACGGAAGCCGCUAUGCGGCUUGUUCAUGCUGCGGAGGGACGGAUCACCGGUAUGCGGUAUGUCGAUUCCGUAAUUAUGUGUGCAAUUGGUGCAGGCGGAAGGGUCACUUGCGGCGAAUGUGUCCGGAACGGGGCGCACGCAUAGCCGGAGGGCGGCGGGGCGCUGACAACGCGGACGUGAACUACGCGGAUGCGGAAGACCUGGACGGAGAUAACUUGGAGGAGAACUUCCAUCACCUGUGCCUAAACGAUUACAGACCGGUGAGUCUUCCCGUUGUAGUUGACGCGGUUACUAUUAAUAUGGAAAUUGAUACCGGCUCGGCCGUAUCUUGCAUAAGUGCGGAUACAUAUAACAAAUACUUCAAGCAUCAUAGAAUACAAGAUAGUGCAUUGAUCCUAAAAUUUUACGACGGUUCAAAGAUAAAGCCGUUAGGUUUAAUUAAACCGAUGGUUCGCUAUGCGGAACACAAAAAAAGGUUAGAAUUAUUUGUUAUUACUGGCGGCAAUACAUCGCUACUCGGGCGACAGUGGCUCUCUGAGUUAAAAAUAAAAGUCCCGAUGUUAAGUAAUUUUCAUAAAAUAGGCUUGAACGAUGGAAAAAUUGAAUGGUCUAAUGAUUUAAAUAAACUGUGUUCUAGGUAUAAGGAGUUGUUUAGUGGCGGACUCGGUCGCUUUACGGGCGGUAAGGCGACACUGCGCGUGCGGGAGGGGGCGACGCCGGUGUUUCACCGUGCGCGGCCACUGCCGUACGCGCUGCGCGAGCGAGUCGACGCCGAGCUGGACCGCAUGCUGCGCGACGGCGUCAUCGAGCCCGUCGACUGCUCCGAUUGGGCUUCGCCUCUAGUACCGGUAAAUAAAGCGGACGGAUCCUUGAGGGUUUGCGCUGACUAUAAAGCAACAUUAAAUCCGGUGUUGCUAAUCGAUCGAUAUCCCUUGCCGAGGAUCGAAGACUUAAUGGUUAGGUUAAGCGGAGCUUGCUUCUUUUCUAAGAUUGAUUUGUCACAGGCCUAUAACCAGGUUGAGCUAGACGAUACAAAAAAAUAUACCGUUAUCAAUACGCAUAGGGGACUAUAUAGGUAUAAUAGGUUGGUUUACGGCUUGGCGUCGAGUCCGGGAAUUUUCCAGCGCAUUAUGUGCAACCUAUUACGCGGAAUUUCAAAUGUCGAGAUCUUUUUAGACGACGUGAUUAUCGGCGGCAAAAGUAUUAACGAGCAUUUGGAGGCAUUACAGGAGGUCUUUAGAAGACUACACAGUUCUGGCCUGAAGUUAAAAACUAACAAGUGUGUGUUUCUUGUAAACGAAAUUCGUUAUUUAGGUUACAUAAUAAGUAGGGAUGGCAUAAAAACGGACCCAACUAAAAUUGAAGCCAUUGUGAAAUUACCAAGGCCGAGUAAUGUUUCGGAACUACGUUCCUUUUUGGGUAUUUUAAAUUUUUAUGGUAAAUUUAUAAAGAACAUGAGUGGUAGAUUGGUUCCAUUAUAUGAAUUGUUAAAAAAAGAUAAAGAGUGGGUGUGGUCGUCCGAAUGUGAAAAUGCGUUUAUAAGAAUAAAAAAAAUAUUAAGUAGUGUGGACACUCUAGCCCACUAUGAUUCUAAGAAGUCAUUAGUAGUAACGUGCGACGCAAGCGGGCGGGGCAUCGGCGGCGUGCUGACGCAGAUCGACGCCGGCAGCGGUGGCGAGCGCCCGGUUGCGUAUGCGUCGCGCACGCUGACCGAUGCCGAAAAAAAUUAUUCACAGAUUCACCGCGAGGCAUUGGCUAUAAUUUUUUGCAUGAAUAAAUUUCACCAAUAUUUAUACGGCCGACAUUUUACCUUACGAACAGACCACAAACCCCUGGUGUCAAUUUUUGGACCGAACACGGGUAUCCCCGCAAUGGUUGCUAGUCGUAUGCAGCGUUGGGCAAUUAUUCUUUCGGCUUACUCGUUCGACAUCGAGUACGUCCGAACUCAGGAAAAUAGUGCGGACGGUCUGUCGCGGUUGCCGAUCGGCGGUAAUAAGGAAAGUGAGCCGACACCUCCCGAACAGACGUAUUUACAUUGUGUCCAGGAGUCAUUAUGUUUAGACUACAAUGAGAUCAAACGAGAAACGGUACGUGAUCCGAUAUUGGCUAGGGUGUUACUGUACAUAAGGGACGGGUGGCCCGCGCAAUGUGAGUUAACAAAUUUAAAACCGUAUUGGAAUCGGAGAAAUGAGUUGUACGAGGAAUUAGGGUGUGUUAUGUGGGGCCACCGGUUGGUGGUACCCGAAAAAUGUAAAAGUCAAAUUUUAAAAGUAAUUCACGAACCGCACAUGGGGAUAGUAAAAUCGAAAGCGCUUGCCCGCAGCUAUGUGUGGUGGGCAGGCAUGGACGAGGCGGUGGAGCGAACGUGCCGGGAGUGCGAGGUGUGUGCGGGGCAGGCCGAUGCGCCGCCGCGGCAGACACCUCGCAUGUGGCCCUGGCCCGCGCGGCCCUGGACCCGCCUCCAUCUAGAUUUUUUGGGUCCAAUAGGGGGAAAAUCUUUUUUGGUCGUAGUAGAUGCGAUGUCGAAAUGGAUAGAAGUGUUCCAUAUGACGGGGGUAUCGGCGAACUAUUUAAUUGAUCGGUUGAACGAGUUAUUCAGUCGGUUCGGUAUACCAAAACAGAUCGUCACGGAUAACGGUACGCAGUUCGCUUCGAAAGAGUUCGACUUCUUUAACCGAUACAACGGAAUACAACAUAUUUUCACUCCACCGUACCACCCGUCGUCGAACGGGUUAGCCGAAAACGCGGUAAAAACGCUUAAGAGAAUAAUUAAAAAAGCGCUGCAAGAGAAGCGGGACGUAAACAGGGCUCUGUGGUCAUUUCUUAUUUACUACCGUAAUGUUGCACACUGUACGACAGGCGAAAGCCCGGCUUCGCUCUUACUCGGCAGGCCCAUACGAACCCGACUCGACGCAAUUAGACCGGACCGGGAGAACCAAGUGCGUAGUGCGCAGCAGCGCCAGCAGGAGGCGGCAAGCGGGGCCAAUCGGGCUUUCGACAAGUCCGAUACAGUUUGGUAUAGGCAAUACCUUAAAGGAGAGAAAUGGAUCCCGGGGCAGGUAGUAGAGGUGCUCGGUACGAGUAACUUUAAAGUAAAGGGGUCCGACGGUGAGGUAGUGCACAGGCACAUCGACCAGUUGCGUAGGAGAUCGAGCGUGGGCAGGCAUUCGCUUGCGUCUGCCCCAUCGGAUACUAGCGAACGGUUAGUCAGUACGGACACUCAAGGAUCAGACCCUGGGGGUUCAGGGUUAGAGGAGGAGGAA